AUGUUCCUUCCAAGUGUACACGCCGAAUCCGACACGGACGUUCUCCUCAAAUUCAUCCAAGAGAACCCCCUAGGAAUCCUCAUCACAGGCAUCAACUCCUCCGCCCAGGACUUCCUCCAAUGCACUCAUGUCCCAUUUGUGCUUGACUUCCCCAGCACAGGGGAUAACAUUUCAACCACCCCCCAACUUCGUGCCCACAUCGCGAAGCAGAAUCCCCAAGCGAAGGCCAUGAUCGAGGCAGUCGACGGCAAGCCACCGGGGGUUCUCUCCCUUGACCAGGAUGUCCUAGUAGUCUUCAACGGACAACAUGAUCACUACGUGACUCCCAAAUACUACACCGAGACCAAGCCGGACACCGGCAAAGUUGUGCCCACCUGGAACUACUGCGCAGUUCAGGCCUAUGGGAAGUUGUCGCUCUACUACGAUUCCAAGACUCCUGAGGCAGGGUCCUUCCUGGCGAAACAGAUGCAUGACCUGUCGGAGCAAUGUGAGAGAACGAUUAUGGGGUUUACGGGUGGGGAUAGGCCGCAGCCGUGGAAGGUUGCUGAUGCUCCGGAGCGGUACAUUGAGUUGAUGCAGCGGAAUGUUGUGGGGAUCAAGAUUGAGAUUGGCAGGCUUGAGGGCAAGUUCAAGAUGAGCCAGGAGAUGAAACGGGGAGAUCGAGAUGGUGUAGUCAGGGGAUUUGCAAACUUGGGAGGGGAAACUGGAGAGGCCAUCUCAGCGUUGGUCAGGGAGCGAGGGGAGCUGCAUGAUAUGAAGAAGGAGAAGCUGAAAGCUGCGAAGGAAGGAUAG